AUAAAAGCCACUGCAGGCUGCACUGGACCAACAUCUUUUCCUCCCAGGACGCUUCUUGUGAAACACUGAAUGUGAGCAGAAAUCCGCACAACAAGACCAACAGCAGCCACGGACAUGAAGUUCCCCACUCUCUUCUUUCUGCUGAUCCUCACCUGCAUGUACCUGAGUCUUGCACAAGGCUCGUACGGCAACUGCUGCCUCGGCUACAUAAAAGGGAUGAAGGCGAGCGGGAGGAGGAACAUUGAAAGUUACAGGAUGCAGGAAACAGAUGGGGAUUGCAACCUCAGAGCUGUGGUGUUUCUGAUGAAGAAAAAGCCGUCACAUAUAAUUCAGAAGACUCGCUGUGCCAAUCCAAACGACCUCUGGGUCCAGCAACUGAUUCAAGGCCUCAAUGAUAGGAGGCAGAAAUAGACCACUCAAAGAAUGGGGGAGCGAGGAGUAGAUAUUUCACCUUCCUGUCAGGGGAGGCUUCAUAUAUCACCGUCCAUAACCACAUGGAUUAUGUCUCAGUAGAUUUGGUAUUUCCUGUUGUGACAGAGGACGUAUAUGUGCACGGUUCACUAUAACAUGAACAUACCAUAUCCUAAUGAUGUAGCCAGUUUAACGAUUUAUAAAGAGCCACUGCUAUGAGUCUGAUCAGUGAUAAGUAGCGUCUGCUAGGAAUGAGCCACUGUUAGGUAGCUUUGAAAUGUAUUGAGUUUUUUUGUACAACAGAUUUCCCUAUUUUUAUAUCUCCAUUUAAAUUGUAUUGUGUGUCUUUCUGUAUCAUAUAAAGAAAGUAAAGGAGCCAGAUUAAGGUGUUGAUGAUUAAGGUUACUACAAAAAGCUGUUUUACAUCAGUUCUGUACUGAUUUAAAGGUGCUUUCUGGGUUGCUCCAUUGCUCCCUUAUUACAUUUUCCCAGGUAUGCAUGAAAGCAGGCACAUUAGCCAUCCUAAAUCUAAUGGCUAGUUACAAACUAUAUAAGAAUGAGCCACCGUUUGGCAGCUUGGAAAUGUAUCAAGCUUUUAUAUACGACAGAUAUUCAUAUUUUUGUACCUUCAUUGAAAUGUUACUUUUUUGUCUUCCUGUAUCAAAUAAAGAAAAGGAAAAAAGGAAA